CCCAGCCUUUUUCUCGUUCAACUUCUUGAAACUACAACUGUAACUUAUUUUGUGUUAUCGUGCACCUUCAUCUUCGCACGCCACAACAACAAACUUCGAUUGUCAUCCCUAAUAUCGCCGUGUAUCCUUCUUGUCGCGAGUCUAGCAUCUCUAGACAACAUCAUCUCUCUUCAACCGUCUCGUCUCCAUUGCCGCGUCUCGAAACUAUACUCCGCUCUUGACGGAACUGCAUCAUCAUUGUGUCAUGCGCCGCAAUUGAACCUAUUCCGAAUUCCUCAACGCUUUACCUUUGUCUCAGGUACGAUCUCUCGACGGUCUAUCUCGGCCUACAUAGCAUCCUGUUGGUCGCCUGCUUGGAGAUAAUUGGCCUAUCUUGCCGUAAAGCUCCAAUCGCUAUCCACCCACAAUGCGCUUCGGUCGGACCCUCCGCGAGUCCAUCUAUCCGCCAUGGAAGGACAAGUACAUCGACUAUGCGAAGCUCAAGAGCUUGUUGAGGGAGGAUGUGGCCGAUGAUGAUAACCAGCCGUGGACCGAGGAGGACGAGACUCGCUUCUGCGAAGAGAUCUUCAACAACCAGCUCGAGAAGGUCGCUCAGUUCCAAGAGCAACGCUUUAACGCUCUUAAGGAACGAGUUGACGCUGCUUUUGAUAAGCUCAAGGAACUGGCUCCCGUCGAGUCCUCGGAGGGCGAUGGAGCUCCUCAGAAGGGCGAGAUCUCGGCUUCCCGCUUGCGCACUCUGGAAUCAGAGCUUGACGAGAUCACUAAUGAAGUCCGCGAGCUCAAGAAGUACAGCAACAUCAACUACACUGGCUUCCUCAAGAUCAUUAAGAAGCACGACCGGAAGCGAGGAGACCGUUACAAAGUCCGACCUAUGAUGCAGUUGAGCCUUUCUCAGCGACCCUUCAACUCUGAGACUGGUUACUCCCCGCUACUCAACAAGCUGUCCAUCAUGUACUUUGCCAUUAGGCAACAACUCGAGGAUGGCGGAGAGCAGCUGCCACCCCUGGAUCUUGAGUCUCAAGGCGAGACUCACAAUGGCGAGCGCUAUACAGCUCACAAGUUCUGGGUCCAUCCUGAUAACCUGCUCGAGGUCAAGACUGUCAUCCUUCGACAUCUACCAGCCCUUGUUUACAGCGAGCAGUCCGCCAAGGAGCUUGAUGGCAGCGACUCUCCGUCUAUCACUUCGCUGUACUUUGAUAAUAAGCAAUUCGAGCUUUAUGGUGAGAAGGUCAACCGCAAAUCCGAAGCAACGUCCCUGCGACUUCGCUGGUAUGGACAAUUGGCUACUCGUCCCGAAAUUUUCGUUGAGCAAAAGACUGUCGAUGACAAGGGUGGCAGCCAGGACCUCAAGUUCACAAUCAAGGACAAAUAUGUCAAGUCAUUUGUGGAUGGCGAAUACAACCCUGAGAAGGCGAUCCAGAAGAUGAAGAGACAGAGCUUUGCCCCUGAAAAGAUUGAGCAAUUCCAGGAGACUGUCAACAACAUCCAAAAAUACGUCAAGGAGAAGGGUCUUAGCCCUGUUCUAAGGGCCAACUAUGUUCGAACCGCUUUCCAGAAGCCUGCUGAUGAUCGUAUUCGCAUUGCCAUCGAUACCGAUGUGGCAUUCAUCCGUGAGGACACUCUUGAUCCCAGCCGCCCCUGCCGUGAUCCCAAUGAGUGGCAUCGUCUUGACAUUGAUGAAAGUGAGAUGACUUACCCCUUCAAAAAGAUGAACCAAAGCGAGGUCAACCGUUUCCCUUAUGCCCUUCUUGAGAUCAAGCUGAAGGAGGAUAGUCAGCGAAAGCACCCGACAUGGGUUGAGGAUUUGAUGUCCUCCCACUUGGUUCACCCUACCCCUCGCUUCUCCAAGUUUGUCCAUGGUAUUGCAGCUCUCUUCGAGGACUACGUCAACAACUUGCCUUUCUGGCUCAGUGACCUCGAGUCCGAUAUCCGAAAGGACCCUCAGAAGACAUUUGAGGAGGAGGAGCAGCGACGUGCUCAACGGCAUGAGGAUGUUAUGGCUGUGGGAAGUCUGAUUGGAGCUGGAGCUAAGUCUGGAUCCUAUAAGCCCACCCAAAGCUCACCAGUCAGCAAGUCUUAUCUGGCCGAACGCAUGUCGAAGGAUUCAAUCGCCCAAGCUCUUGACAGGCGGACGUCUACUCUCGCGAACGGAGAGGAAGCUGGCGAGAGCAGUACACAGCAACGAUCAGAGCAAGAGCGGUCCUAUGGGACGCUCUCAUCUGUUAUCCCCGGAUUCUCACUGUCCAAGUACUCGAGGGCGAAGCGGGCAUCUCAACAGCCCUUGCCAGAGGGUGUAGUUGCGCCGACAGAAUGGAUCAAGAACAUGGGCGAGCUCAAGGUUGAGCCCAAGGUUUGGCUUGCCAACGAGCGAACUUUCCUUAAGUGGCAGCAUAUCUGUAUCCUUCAGGGCGGCCUGGCUGUUGGUCUUUACACAGCAGCUGGCGAGAACACACUUGCUUCUGUCGUUGGUCUCUUGUUUGUCCUCAUCGCUGUCUUUGCCGGCAUCUGGGGUUAUGCAAUGCUGAGAAUCAGACGAACCAUGAUCGUGGAGCGAAGCGGUAAGGACUUUGACAACAUGAUCGGACCCAUGAUUAUCAGUGGCUCACUGAUGCUUGUGCUUAUUCUCAACUUUUUCUUUGCGUAUCGGGAGGCCUUUGGAAAAUUCAAGGAUGGUCAGAAUAGCCUGGGAGAGCUUCUGUCUGAAGAUCUGAAGUAAUUCCAGGGAGGAUGAGCGAAAGAGAUGGAGGGUGUAUAAUAUGUUCUACACGAGCUUUGAUAGGAUGGGCGUUGGAUGCUGCAUACUCGCUGGUGUUUUGCAUGAUCAUUUAGAGAAAGGAUUGGCUAUUACUAGCAAUAGAUGCCUUUAAGCAGUUUAAUUGUCUGUGUUGUAGGUGUUUCUAUGCAAGUUUUGGAUGCCCCUGAGAAGCUGCAUGCAGGUCUGGGGCUGGUCAUGCAGGUUUAUACGAAGUGUGACACCUCGGCAGAGAGAGAAAGAGAGAGAAACUGGAGGGUUUGGUUGAGUGAUUGAUUGAUUGAUCAGACAUGGCAAUUAAGCUGUAGAUUGUCAAGGUCAUAGUGUGAUGUCUUGGCGCCAGUGCAGUUACUCAGAGAGAAUACUGAGGGUAUCGCGGUGAGUGAACAAUUGGAUAUCUCGGAAUGGCUGCAUGUUGGCUGCGCGUCCCCUCGGCUGUGCAUCAGACACUUUCCGUUAGAAGUAUAACUUAACAGCUGGUAGUUCCUAUAGCGACUUUGUUACUGGAG